GAGAAUCGUGGCGUUUGUUGAUAUGAUAAAUCAUCAUAAAUGUGUUGUUGACAACCACAAUUCCCAUUGCAGCAAAAGGCGAUUCCGUCACCGAUUCCGUCGCCUUGGAGGGACAACCACAAUUCCCAGCCCACACUAGAGUUGCAGUUGCAGUGCACACUACUCUCCCUCCCUCAAUUGAGCAGAGAAUGUACCCGUCACCGUCCUCCGAUUAUUAACAGCUGUUCCUGAUAUGAAAUGGCUGCAUUAAUCUGCUUUCCUGCAUCUCUCUCAUCUCUUUCUACAAAUGCAAUUCCCAAAUUAUCCACUGCAUCAUCAUCCUUGUCAAACACCAGAUGCUUUUUUCCACACAAAACCCCUUGCCUCUCCCAUUUUGUUGCCAGGGCUUAUAAUUCCGAAUAUGAUGAUGACGGUGAUGAGGAUGCCAAGUACACAAAAGAAGAUUAUGACAGCAUUGAGAUUGAAAUAGUGAAGACUGGCACCAACAGCCGGAGAAUUAGAUCAAAAGUAAGGAUCCAAGCCAGCCUACAGGCUGUUUGGGAUAUAUUGACUGAUUAUGAAGGCUUAGCAGACUUCAUUCCUGGCCUAGCAGUCAGCAAGUUGCUUGAGAAGACAGAUAAUUUUGUUCGCCUUUUUCAGAUUGGUCAGCAGAAUAUAGCUUUUGGGCUCAAAUUCGAUGCAAAAGGUACUAUUGACUGUGUUGAGAAGGAUCUUGAAAUUCUUCCAUUUGGGCAGAGGCGUGAUAUUGAGUUCAAGAUGGUUGAAGGUGAUUUCCAACUCUUUGAAGGAAAGUGGUCUGUUGAACAGGUGAAGUCUAAUGCUGGAGAUUUGCAAAGUGAUUCUGUUGAUGACGUGGAAUACCAAACGACGCUUGUAUAUGUUGUUGAUGUGAAACCAAAGGUGUGGUUGCCUGUGCGCCUUGUAGAGGGUAGACUCUGCACGGAGAUAAGAACAAACCUGUCAUGCAUACGCGAAGAAGCUGAGAAAGCAUUUCAGAAUGCAAAUGCUGUUACUAUAGAAGAUUAAUAUUUCUGGUGUUUCAAUCUGGUAGUUGUACUCUGAUAAUAUAUUAGUAAAUUUUAAAUAUACAAAUUAUGCAGUGAGUUAGUCGUGGAGCUCUUGUUAAUUUUUUUUUGGAUGCCAGAUGUUAUUAAAUGGUGUUUUUCUUCCUGUUUUAUGAAAGUUUUCAUUCAAUGGUGUAGGAAUCAAUGAAAUGAGAAAUUGAUGAUGCCUCAGUCAUCAAGUUUUGUCUCCAAAUAGCUCCAACAUCAGCUGCAGAGUUGGGCCAUUGCAAAGAAUAAUGGCAUGCAGUCGUUGUCUCGUUUUGCUUCGCCUACUAAGGGUUUCGAAGGAAGGGCCUCAGUACAUAAGAAGAAUGCAUUCCUGAACCGUCUUAACCAAUUUGACUAUGUUAAUAUAUACUACUAGAAGUUCCUUCAUAGUCACUGUUGCCUAUUACAUCCUCUCAAAGUUUUACUUUCGUCAAUUUUUGGUUUCCGUCAUCUACAUUGAGAUCUACUAUGUUAGAACAUGAAAUUUCAUUUAUUUACUAAAGAAGUUGUAAAUUCAUAUA